GCACUCCUCUUCCUUUCCCCACAUUCUUCCCAAGCGUCGCCGUCCUCGAUCAUGCUGGGGUCACGAAUGGUCUUGCGUGUUCAUUUCCGCCACUGCAAGGUCGCGCCCUUCUCGUUGCAGAUACGCACGUUGACGGGCACGGCGACGGAGGCGGUCCCGCAUAAGAAGAAGGUGUGGGACAGUGUGGACGAGGCGAUCAAGGACGUCAAGUCGGGAGACAUCAUCUUGUCCGGAGGUUUUGGAUUAUGCGGUAUUCCUGAAACGUUGAUCACCGCACUCGCGAAGAAACCGGAGAUCAAGGGCUUGACGGCGGUAUCAAACAAUGCUGGUUUGGGAGACCUCGGUCUCGCGAAACUGCUCCGUUCGGGCCAGCUUGACAAGCUGAUGAUCAGUUAUCUUGGAGGCAACAAAUAUUUCGAGCAGCAAUACCUCAAGGGCGAGGUCUCGCUCGAACUCGUACCUCAGGGAACGCUAGUCGAGCGUAUGCGGGCACACGCCGCCGGCAUUCCCGCCUUCUUUACACCCACUGGAGCGAACACGGCCGUGGAGACGGGAGGUAUCCCGAUCCGUUUGGGCGGUUCAGUGGACAUCGUGAAAAUCCCGGGGAACAAGAAAGAGCACAGGAUAUUCAACGGCAAGCGAUACGUCAUGGAACCAGCGAUAGCAGGAGACGUCGCGUUCGUCCACGCGUACAAGGCUGACGAAGUCGGUAACCUGCAAUUCCGAUAUGCCGCCAACAACUUCAACGCCGCCAUGGUGCGGAACGCAAAAUUGACGAUCGUUGAGGCUGAGGAGAUCGUCCCAGUCGGUUCGAUUGAUCCCAACGACAUUCACGUCCCGGGUAUCUACGUCGACCGAAUUGUCCAGGCGACCGAGCCCAAGGAGGUCGAGCUACUCACCGUCGCUGAGGACCACGAGUCAUCUGCGGCGAGCCCUGAUGCCAAGAAGGGUCCUUCGACCGCACAGACCAUGCGACACCGUAUCGCUGGUCGUGCUGCAAAGGAGAUCCGGGAUGGCAUGUAUAUCAACUUGGGCGUCGGUAUGCCGACGCUGGUCACGGAGCACUUGCCUCCUGGCGUCAACGUUUGGCUUCAGAGCGAGAACGGCAUUCUUGGGAUGGGUCCCUUCCCGCCGAGGGAUAAGGUUGACCCUGACAUCAUCAACGCCGGAAAGGAAACCGUUAGUUUGCUCCCUGGUGCUUCCGUCUUCGAUUCUGGCGAGUCAUUCGCCAUGAUUCGUGGUGGACACGUCGACGUGGCUAUUCUCGGUGCUAUGGAGGUCAGCCAGGCUGGCGACAUCGCGAACUUCAUGGUUCCCGGAAAACUCGUAAAGGGCAUUGGUGGUGCCAUGGAUCUUGUUUCCAACCCAGACAAGACGAAGGUCAUCGUUGUGAUGCAACACUGUUCGAAGGACGGCAGCUCAAAGGUGGUCAAGGAAUGCUCUCUGCCGCUCACUGGCGCACGUGCUGUGAGCCAAAUCAUCACCGAGCUUGCGGUCUUCCAAGUCGACCGUCAUAAUGGAAACAUGGAGUUGAUAGAGAUUGCGGAGAACACCACCUUGGAGGAGGUGAAGGCGAAGACUGACGCUGAGUUCACCGUCCGGGAGCCGCUCGGACGGUUCUAAGACAUAAUACUAUCAGAUUCCCGGACGUACUGUGUCGCGUAUCUCGUUCGCAUCUGUUCGCAUGAAAGGGAGCAAUCAGGGAACAAUGUACAUUGGUAUAUUAUUAGGCAACAUCAUGGCAGCAAUCGGAAAUGUUCAAUGUUCAAAC